GCUGCACAGCCGCCGGUCCCAGCAGGUGACCGCGGGCGAGCGGGCGUGCGUGCGGGGCCCCGGGCGCGAGCGAGGCGGGACGGCGUAGACGCGGCUCGCGCGCCAAAGUCGCCCAAGUUUUGCCGGAACAUGGCGGAGGAGUCCGGCCGGCGCAGCGGCGCUCCGAGCACGAGUGUCUGUAGCCGCUAGCGCCGCGGGGCGAGGUCGUCGCCAUGGCCCGUUGGAUCCCGACCAAGAGGCAGAAGUAUGGGGUUGCCAUCUACAACUACAAUGCAUCUCAAGAUGUGGAGCUCUCCUUGCAGAUCGGUGACACCGUCCACAUCCUGGAGAUGUAUGAGGGCUGGUACAGAGGAUACGCUCUCCAGAACAGAUCUAAAAAGGGCAUUUUUCCUGAAACAUACAUCCAUUUGAAAGAGGCAACAGUGGAAGAUGGAGGGCAGCAUGAGACCGUGAUUCCCGGGGAGUUGCCCCUGGUUCAGGAGCUCACAAACACACUACGAGAAUGGGCCGUCAUCUGGCGCAAGCUCUAUGUGAACAACAAGGUCACACUCUUCCGCCAGCUGCAGCAAAUGACAUACAGUCUGAUCGAGUGGCGUUCCCAGAUCCUAUCUGGGACACUUCCCAAGGAUGAACUUGCAGAGCUGAAGAAGAAGGUCACAGCCAAAAUCGAUCAUGGGAACAGAAUGCUUGGACUGGAUCUGGUCGUGCGGGACGACAAUGGAAACAUCUUAGAUCCAGAUGACACCAGCACUGUCGCCCUAUUCAGGGCCCAUGAAGUGGCUUCUAAAAGGAUAGAGGAAAAGAUCCAAGAGGAGAAGAGCAUUUUGCAGAACCUGGACUUGAGAGGCCAGGCAAUCUUCAGUACUGUCCACACCUAUGGCCUCUAUGUGAACUUCAAGAACUUUGUCUGUAACAUCGGGGAGGAUGCGGAGCUGUUCAUAGCCCUGUAUGAUCCAGACCAGUCCACCUUCAUCAGUGAGAACUACCUAAUUCGCUGGGGCAGUAACGGGAUGCCCAAGGAGAUAGAGAAGCUGAAUAACCUGCAAGCAGUGUUCACCGACCUCAGCAGCACAGACCUCAUCCGGCCACGCAUCAGCCUCGUGUGCCAGAUUGUCCGGGUGGGCCGCAUGGAGCUGAAGGAGGGCAAGAAGCACACCUGUGGGCUCCGGAGGCCCUUUGGAGUAGCAGUGAUGGAUAUUAGUGAUAUCGUACAUGGGAAGGUGGAUGAUGAAGAAAAGCAACAUUUUAUCCCCUUUCAGCAAAUUGCCAUGGAGACCUACAUCCGCCAGAGACAGCUCAUCAUGUCCCCCUUGAUAACCUCCCACGUGAUCGGAGAGAAUGAGCCGCUCACGUCGGUCCUAAAUAAAGUCAUAGCUGCAAAGGAAGUGAAUCACAAAGGACAAGGUCUUUGGGUGUCCUUAAAGUUACUGCCAGGUGACCUCACACAGGUGCAGAAGAACUUUUCACACCUGGUGGAUAGAUCAACAGCAAUAGCACGGAAAAUGGGCUUUCCAGAAAUAAUCCUGCCAGGGGAUGUUCGAAAUGAUAUUUAUGUCACCCUGAUCCAUGGGGAGUUUGACAAGGGGAAGAAGAAGACACCUAAGAACGUGGAGGUGACCAUGUCUGUGUUUGAUGAGGAAGGCAACCUUUUAGAGAAAGCCAUUCAUCCCGGUGCUGGGUACGAAGGCGUCUCGGAGUACAAGUCGGUGGUGUAUUACCAGGUCAAGCAACCCUGUUGGUACGAGACAGUCAAGGUCUUCAUUGCCAUUGAAGAGGUCACACGCUGCCACAUAAGAUUUACCUUCCGACACAGAUCAUCUCAAGAAUCCAGAGAUAAAUCAGAGCGAGCUUUUGGGGUGGCCUUUGUGAAACUGAUGAACGCAGACGGUACCACGCUGCAGGACGGGAGGCACGACCUGGUGGUGUACAAGGGUGAUAAUAAGAAAAUGGAAGAUGCUAAAUAUUAUCUGACUCUGCCUGGGACCAAAGCAGAGCUGGAAGAAAAAGAACUCCAAGCAUCCAAAAACCCAUCCGUCUUCACACCCAGCAAAGACAGCACGAAGGACAGCUUUCAGAUCGCCACUCUCAUCUGCUCCACAAAGCUCACCCAAAAUGUGGACCUGCUAGGCUUACUAAACUGGCGUUCCAAUUCUCAGAACAUUAAGCACAACCUGAAAAAGUUAAUGGAAGUGGAUGGAGGAGAGAUUGUUAAGUUUUUACAGGAUACACUAGACGCACUUUUUAACAUAAUGAUGGAAAUGUCAGACAAUGAAACAUACGACUUCCUUGUGUUUGAUGCUCUGGUCUUCAUCAUUUCGUUGAUAGGAGACAUCAAGUUUCAGCAUUUUAACCCUGUCCUUGAAACCUACAUUUAUAAGCACUUCAGUGCCACCUUGGCACACGUGAAACUCUCCAAGGUACUGAACUUUUAUGUGGCCAAUGCCGAGGACCCUAGCAAGACGGAAUUGCUAUUUGCUGCUUUGAAAGCCUUGAAGUACCUGUUUCGAUUCAUCAUCCAGUCUCGGGUACUCUACUUGAGGUUUUAUGGUCAGAGUGAAGAUGGAGAUGAAUUUAACGACUCAAUCCGCCAGCUAUUUCUUGCUUUCAACACGCUGAUGGACAGGCCUCUGGAAGAAGCUGUCAAGAUCAAGGGGGCAGCCUUGAAGUACCUUCCCAGCAUAAUUAAUGACGUCAAACUGGUGUUUGAUCCCAUGGAGCUCAGCGUGCUCUUCUGCAAGUUCAUUCAAAGCAUCCCUGACAACCAGUUGGUGCGGCAGAAACUUAACUGCAUGACCAAGAUAGUGGAGAGCAGCCUUUUCCAGCAGGCAGAGUGCAGGGAAGUGCUGCUGCCGCUACUGACAGACCAGCUCAGUGGCCAGCUGGACGACCACUCAACCAAACCGGACCACGAGGCAAGCUCCCAGCUUCUAAGCAACAUCCUAGAGGUGCUAGACAGGACGGAUGUGGGCCCCACUUCAGCUCACGUACAGCUGAUCAUGGAGAGGCUGCUGAGAAGGAUCAACCGGACCGUGAUUGGGAUGAGCCGACAGUCUCCUCACAUUGGCAGCUUUGUGGCUUGCAUGAUUGCCGUCUUACGACAAAUGGAGGACAGCCACUACAGCCACUACAUCAGCACCUUCAAAACCAGGCAGGACAUCAUUGACUUCCUCAUGGAAACCUUCAUUAUGUUUAAGGAUCUGAUUGGAAAGAAUGUGUAUGCCAAAGAUUGGAUGGUCAUGAACAUGACCCAGAACAGAGUUUUCCUCCGUGCCAUCAAUCAGUUUGCUGAGGUUCUCACCAAGAGCUUCAUGGACCAGGCAAGCUUUGAACUUCAGCUCUGGAACAAUUACUUCCAUUUGGCUGUAGCUUUUCUCACCCACGAGUCCCUCCAGCUUGAAACGUUCUCAGAAGCCAAGCGCAACAAAAUUGUGAAAAAAUAUGGGGACAUGAGAAAAGAAAUCGGCUUCAGGAUCCGGGACAUGUGGUAUAACCUGGGGCCACACAAAAUCAAAUUCAUCCCAUCCAUGGUGGGUCCCAUUCUGGAAGUCACUCUGACCCCUGAAGUGGAGCUCCGUAAAGCCACGAUCCCAAUUUUCUUUGAUAUGAUGCAGUGCGAGUUCAAUUUGAGUGGAAAUGGCAACUUCCACAUGUUUGAGAAUGAGUUGAUCACAAAGCUGGAUCAGGAAGUGGAAGGUGGCCGAGGAGAUGAACAAUACAAGGUCCUUCUGGAAAAGCUACUCUUAGAGCAUUGCCGGAAACAUAAAUACCUCUCGAACUCGGGGGAAGCCUUUGCCUUCCUGGUCAGCAGCCUCUUAGAGAACCUGCUGGACUACAGAACGAUCAUCAUGCAUGAUGAGAGCAAGGAGAACCGCAUGAGCUGUACAGUAAACGUUCUGAAUUUCUAUAAAGAUAAGAAACGAGAGGACAUAUACAUACGGUAUUUAUACAAGCUUCGGGAUUUGCACAGAGACUGUGAGAACUACACAGAAGCUGCCUAUACACUCCUCCUACACGCUGAGCUUCUGCAGUGGUCGGACAAGCCCUGUGUGCCCCAUUUGCUGCAGAGGGAUAGUUACUAUGUUUAUACCCAGCAGGAGCUUAAAGAGAAACUGUAUCAAGAGAUCAUAUCCUAUUUUGAUAAAGGCAAAAUGUGGGAGAAAGCCAUCAAACUGAGUAAGGAGUUGGCGGAGACCUACGAGAGCAAAGUGUUUGACUACGAGGGCCUAGGCAGUCUCUUGAAAAAAAGAGCCUUGUUUUAUGAGAACAUCAUUAAGGCCAUGAGGCCCCAGCCUGAAUACUUUGCUGUGGGAUACUACGGACAGGGCUUCCCUUCCUUCCUGCGGAACAAAAUCUUUAUCUACCGGGGUAAGGAGUAUGAGAGGCGGGAAGACUUCAGCUUGAGGUUGCUCACCCAGUUCCCCAAUGCUGAGAAGAUGACCAGUACCACACCACCAGGAGAAGACAUCAAGUCAUCCCCAAAGCAGUACCUGCAGUGCUUCACGGUAAAACCUGUGAUGAGCUUGCCGCCCAGCUACAAGGACAAACCGGUUCCAGAGCAGAUCUUGAACUACUACAGAGCCAACGAAGUGCAGCAGUUCAGCUAUUCCCGGCCAUUCCGGAAAGGAGAAAAAGACCCAGAAAAUGAGUUUGCUACCAUGUGGAUUGAAAGAACCACGUACAGGACGGCCUAUACCUUCCCUGGGAUUCUCAAGUGGUUCGAAGCCAAGGAGAUUUCAGUAGAAGAAAUCAGCCCUUUGGAGAAUGCCAUAGAAACCAUGGAGCUGACCAACGAGAGGGUCAGCAACUGUGUGCAGCAGCACGCCUGGGACCAUUCUCUCUCUGUGCACCCGCUCUCCAUGCUGCUCAGCGGCAUAGUGGACCCAGCUGUCAUGGGAGGAUUCUCCAACUACGAAAAGGCUUUUUUUACAGAAAAGUACUUACAAGAGCAUCCGGAGGACCAGGAGAAGGUGGAGCUGCUCAAGCGACUGAUUGCCUUACAAAUACCUCUGCUUACAGAAGGGAUCCGCAUCCACGGGGAGAAGCUGACGGAGCAGCUCAAGCCGCUGCAUGACCGGCUAUCUUCAUGCUUCCGUGAACUCAAGGAGAAAGUAGAGAAGCUGUAUGGGGUCAUAACACUGCCACCCAGCAUGACGGAGAGGAAGCCGAGCCGCGCAGGCUCAAUGGUACUGCCCUACAUCCUGUCCUCAACGCUGCGCAGGCUGUCUGUCACCUCUGUGGCCUCCUCGGUGGUCUCCACCUCCUCCAACUCUUCUGACACUGCAUCGUCCAGGCCAGGAUCGGAUGGGUCCAUCCUGGAACCACUGUUUGAACGCAGAGCUUCAUCGGGUGCCAGAGUUGAAGAUCUGCCACCCAAAGAAGACAGUGAGAACCGGAUUAGCAAGUUCAAGAGGAAAGACUGGAAUCUGAGCAAAUCACAAGUCAUUGCAGAGAAGGCUCCAGAACCUGAUGUGAUGAGCCCAGGCAAAAAAACACAAAGGCCAAAGAGUCUCCAGUUGGUGGACAGCCGGCUGACACCAUUCCACAGUCCCUCGCCUCUGCAGUCUACAGCCUUGAGCCCACCUCCACUCACUCCCAAAGCCACGAGGACCCUAAGCUCCCCAUCUUUGCAGACGGAUGGGCUGACGGCUUCUGUCCCUCCUCCACCUCCCCCCAAAAGCAAACCAUAUGAGAGCAGUCAGAGGAACUCGGCUGAGAUUGCUCCCCCACUGCCUGUCCGGAGAGACUCCAAAGCCCCACCUCCACCCCCUCCAAAGGCUCGGAAAUCAGGCAUCCUCUCUUCUGAGCCAGGCUCUCAGUGAGGUAGUCGCCCUGGCUUUGCACCUCCGAGUGCCUUGGACCACUGCUGCCUGAGAAUGGCGCCCAGGAAGGGCGGCCUGUGGAUCAGGGCUCCCUUCCAGCGCUGCUUCCUGCACUGAGACGGCGAACGCUGAGUCCCAUCCCCUUCAGCCCGUGGAACAUCCAGAACUGGCCAUCUGUCUGCAUGAACAAACCUUUCCCAUGGUGGCAUGCUGGGCUCAACCACUAACUUGUUAGGCCUGCAGAUGCCCCUGCCUGUGGUGGCACAGGGACAGUGGAGGGGGGACAGCCCCGGCACUGAUGCCUGUGUGGAUUUCUCAGUUAGCUUCUGGACAGCUGUGCUGAAGACUUCCUUCCUUCUCUUCUGCCUGCAUCCCUGACAUGUACAACCUUCUGAAAGAGCCAGAUACUAAGUACACUCCAGGAGCCAGCAUGGUUCUCUCUUCCUAACGUCUACUGUCUCCUUUGAGGGAAAGAGCCCACGUGCAUAGCGGGGAUGGGCCACUCUCAGGUGUGGAUGGCUUCUCUGGAGAUACCGCAGGCUCACAUUCUGACAUUCUCCUGACGAAUGGCCCUGGCCCUCACCACGCAGCAGUCACUUGCUGUGCCUUGGAUUCCAUGGAAGCUCUUUGGUACUUGUUUUUCAUCUUCUUCCUUUGAGCUCAAAUCCUGGGCUCUAAGGGUUCAUAGGAGCCUGGGUUCUACUGGCUACAUUUCCAGACCCCAUCGGAUUGAUGAGGUGGUCCCUGCCUGCUACUUGAUUUUACCCUGGAGAGUACAGUGCAAUAUUCCCUUUGAUUAUUUAUUCCUCUUGA